UAGGUUCGGUUUGUGCAAACUGGAGUUUGCUUCCACCAUUGGAUGCUAAUCCGAUGGAAAAGGAAAAAAAGUUUCUGAACCGGCUUACAGUCGUCUGAGGCAUAGUCGCCUCGCCCCUUAUUUUGGCAGCUGCAAGUAAUUUCCAGCCGCUCUGUUUUGUCUCUUCACCACGCCAUCAUUGCUACACCAAUCUGUCAGGAAGAACAUCGCCGCACCGCGAUUCUCACUAUACAGUGCGUCACAGGUCAAGCCCUCGCUCAAAUUUCGUCAUGGCCACUGUCUUCUGUCCUCUGACGUUUGUCACUUAUUCUCUCUCUCCAUGAGGCCACCAUGCUGGGCAGAAGGUUGCGCCGCACUGGUGCCCGGAAAUUGUUCGAUGAAAUGGCUGUGAGGCCAACACGAGUACCCAGCCUGGGUGUUGUUCGACGAAAUGGCCGCGAGGCCAAGAUUGGUACGUUCUCGGGACAGCUAGCCGACGAUGUGAUCAAGCCUAGCCAGCCUCCCGCGCCAAUCAGGUCAGGUGAGCGGAUAUUUUCCUGCUGUGUGAACAAAUUUUCUAGCAACUUUAUGAGGCUACGGCUGCUGCUCCAUCACAGUUAAAAGAACGACUAUGACAUGGGAGGAAAAUUUCUAGUCAACCUUCUGAGCUUUCAGCCAGCUGGAUGCAAUUCGUCAAGGGCCUGUCCAAACCGCGGUCUGCCUUUUGAAGGGCAAUUUAUACCCAGGAGUCUGCAAUUUCCACCAGCUUCCUGCCCUCUCUUGGACCACCCCCCCUCCCCCCACCUUGUUAAUUAGCACCUCCCCAUUGGAAGAUUUGAAGAUGGAGCUCGCCGUAUCUGCAGCAGCAGGUGAACUUAUGAGCCGAUUCAUCUCCUUCCUUGCCAACAAGUACCACUCGAGCCACGAACACUCGAAAGAGAAGCAGCUGAAGAGGCUGCAGCAGCUACUCCUGAGAGCUCGCACGGUCAUCGAGGAGGCAGACGGGCGGUACAUCACCAACUCCGGGAUGCUGGUGCAGCUCAGCAUGCUUGGGGACGCCAUGUACCGAGGCUAUUGGGCACUAGGUGCGUCCAGGUACAUCUCACUCGAAGAGUCCAUGGAGGAGGUGGGGGAGGUUUGCAAUCCAUCUGCUCCCAAACGUAUUCGCAUGGUUCAUGGCAGUGCUAGAAAGAACAAGGCCACAUACCCCGUCGACUUGCAGGGCGCGUUGGAGAGCUUGGAGGAUGUAGUCGCCGGCAUGACGGAGUUUGUUGUUCUUUUGGAUGGAUGCGACCGUAUGCUGCGUCGACCAUACGAUGCGUAUCUAUACAACGACAACAUCAUGUUCGGACGACACGCCGAGAAGCAAAAGCUCCUGAACUUCAUGUUGCGGCACAACUCUCCUGGUGGUGGUGCACCGGCUGUCCUUCCGAUCAUCGGUGCUUCUGAAGUCGGGAAGAGGACUCUGGUUGCCCAUGUAUGCAAGGACGAGAGGUUCAGCUCACACUUCUCUUCAGUUCGGUACCUGAGUGGAAAUUCCUUCAGUAGAAUCGCAGACCAUGGUAGUAUCAUGUCAGGGAAGACACUAGUAGUUGUCGAGCUUGUCUCAGAUGUGGAGGAGGAGUAUUGGGCCAAGUUCUGCUCAUUCGUGGCGAGCAUGGACAGUGGAAACAAGGUGAUCAUCAUCAGCCGGCUUAAAAGUACAGAGCGACUUGGAACAGUGGAGCCAAUCUUCCUCAGCACCCUGUCAUACGAGGAGUUCAGCUACCUAUUCAAGACACUCGCGUUCGGGAGCGCGAAUCCGGCACAGCACCCGCGGUUAGCGUGGAUAGCAGACAAGUUGGCCAGGCAAUUCCAUUCCGAAUGGUCCCUCACCGCUGCGAACAUAUUUGCAGACUUAAUGAGAAGGAAUCUGAAUGUUUGUUUCUGGGCCGGCAUGCUGAGCAGGCUGAGAAGGGUCGUUGAGAGGAACCUCUCCAUGUUUGGGGAGCACCCGAGGUUCCUCGUUCAGAGAUACCACCAGAUGGAUCUUAGGGACUUCGUCUUGCAUCCCGCCGCUUCUCCGCUCCACGUCGUGCCUUCCUACACCAGUGGCAGCAGCCGCACUGAGGUUACGACAGAAAGGGAAUCGCUACCAAGGGUGAGGCUUGGGGAUCUAGUGAUGGAUCCUGGAGUUCGGCCGCAGGGGGAUUUCAAUGUGGUUGCAUGGGAAUCAAGAUUGCCGCCUUACACCUCGUUUGUUCAUUUCGUUCCAAAUGGAGAUGUUGCUCCAGGUGUGGUGGAACAGAGUACUCCCUUGUCUGGGAGGAAGCGUGCAGCGGUGCCUUUGUAAGGCCUUUUGAUUCGGACGAUUUCUACAGGGAGUUCGAAGAGUUGGAAUCUCAAGUAUUUGCUCAGUUUACAAAUAGAUAAUUUAAAUAUUUACAUGAUCUUCAAUACAUAUCUUUUAAUCAUGGAAACCUUCUAGGAAGUCAUGUAUUUAUGAACUGUAUUUUGUGUGUGUAAGAUGUUUAAUUUGUAGGAUUAUCUCUCAGGGGUUUUAUCUAAAGAACCAUUUGUAUUGCAUUACAUAGGAAGUUUUUCAAUGACCUAAACCUCUUGGAAAAAUUUGUUCUUUUGGUGCACUCGAUUUUUCAUCAACCAUUGUACUGUAUGUCACUUCCUCUGUCUCCAGUAAGGCAAGAUGCUGGGGGGAAGGAGGGGCGGCUCUGGUGCCACCAAGGUCAGCGUACGGGUUCCCCAUUUUGUAAGAAUACUGCGAGUAAUUUUGGGUUCUUGCAUUGCUUCUCUCUGCUGGUUAGACAUGACUAGAUACUGGCAAGUAGCACCUCCAUUCAACUUUUGUUGCCUGAAUUGGUUAGCACAUAUGCUCUCACUUGGUUAGCCGGUAAUUAAGGGCGUUUGGUUGGCCGAACAAACCUUUUUCUGAUGGACUUCGACGCACUAGCAUUUUCAUUUCUUAUACCCAUUUUACGCAGGCUGCCACAGCAAGCCUUCCUUAAAAAAGAACAUUGUCUGAUGUUCUACAUAUGUAUGACCCGCCUUUCAAUUCACAUGCACAACUCCUAAGGUCUCACAAAAUAGAACGGAAAUACAUUGUUACAUAAAAAUUAGGCAAAUAAACCUGGACGCUUCUUCCCUGACAAG